GCUGCGGCUAGUGCUGAUGUCUGCUGGAGGCUCUCAGUUGUGAUGCGAGUUGCAAAAGCAAUAGGCGCGUGGAAAUCUCGUUCACGUUGUAGUGUGACAGGGAGAGCGAAAGAUCGAGCAAGUAUGAGAGCAGUCCUUUAACCGGCAGUCACUAGUACCAGCACAACGUCAUGACCUAAAAAAUACUAAGGAAUCGAAACACAACCGUAAAAAUAUAAGACUGAAAGUCAAGGGGAAGGUCGAAGCAUCGUGAAAGUGUUUAACCAGUAAAUAGGAUGUAUCUCUAGUCUGCACGAGGGGAUGAGUGCUAGUGCAAAAGCGGAAGAAUCGACGAUAAAAGUUUGCUCCCAUGUUUGGAGAAAAUAUGUGCUGCGGAAAGCAUAAUAUCCUACCUCCCAUGAACAUAGGAUGUUCACGAAGAAAUUCAAAGUUCUGAUCUCUAUUAUCUAGCUGUUAGUAGGCACGUUUAAAAUUUUCCGAAUUCUCUAGCCAGCACCGGUUGUUAAAAAGUGAAACAAAAACCUUUUUUUUCAAAUAUUUCCGGUUUAAAAUUUCUAACGUGUACUUAGCUUAGCUGAACAGUAGUGAAAAAAUUCUCUCGGUGUGCACGAUAUUUGCUUGUGUGUAAAGGAAUAUAAUAAAAAUAAAUUCGAUUUCGUGUAAAAGUAGCAAUUUUAGCUUCCAUAAAGGUAGUAAAUUGACGAAAACGUGUGGAGUGCUCGUGGUAUUUCGUCCCGACCAGGACGCGACUGGAAAAUAAAAAUAAGAUAAAGCGUGUUUCCGCUAGAAAUCUGCUAAUAAUGGCUCGUGGGUGAGACGGGAAUAGGAGGUAAUAAAAAAAAGUGCUCGUGAUACACAAAUUCUAAAGGCAAAGUCGUAUGCAAAAGGUGUUUGCUGGAGAGUGCAUGUAUCUUUCGGAAUAGCAGAAUGUAUACCGAAUACGGUAAACGACGGAAUGAUGAACGUGACGCAAUGAUGGCGAACAGAAGGAUUACGGUUUCACAUUUACAACGGCAAAAUCAGCAUCCAUUCGAACCCGCAGAAUCACAUAAUUAUCCCUCGGUGACAACGCAACGAAUUCCCAGACCGUCAACCGGUAAACAUGUGAAACUGAAAUCAUCCGUUCGUGAUGCUGGCUCCAACGUUCCUCCCUGUGACUACAACAACUAUUAUUCGGCUCAACAACCACGAUCUCAGCCGAAACCUCUCGACUAUCGAAGGCAGCUUCUGAACAAUCAUGCCGGUCCGACAGGAAUCCUGAAGCACAACAAUAGUAGCACUAGUAACUCCAACUACUCCAAACGGCGUCCGUUAGCUUACGAGUUAAAGCCGUAUGAGUAUUUCAAUAACGCUACACGAAACAGUAACAGCAUACAACCGACUAGCACCAAAAACACCAACAGCUUAUUACAACAGCACUACAGUGGCCAGAACUAUAACAUCAAUUACAAUUUGAAUUUUACGAAAAAUCAAUACAACAUACUGAUAUCGCCUCCAACGACUACGACAACGCCCGGUUUGGUACCUAGGACAGUACCAUCAUACGACGAAAACAAUCAUUUUGACAACCACUAUCAGUAUCAUUAUCAGAACAACGGUAGAAACUACAAGAACAACAACAUCAGUGCCGACCAUCAUCGCUACAGCUACAAUCAGUAUCUCGACCAUCAGGAACAGCUGCAACACUCGACCAAGUCCUUUUAUCUGGACGAAAAGCCACCGUUCGGGGUGGGAGAUAUCACGUCACCGUUGGACGGUGGAGGCAAGAUGCAACGGGAGGAGAUUAUCAUCGAACACAGUCAGCUGGUUGGAGACGGAAGUGGACCAGGCGCUGUCAUAAUUUCAGCCGGUGGUCCUGCUGGUCAGGAUCAACGGGCGGGACAGCAGCCACUACUACACGGCGGCAAGGGUGGUGGUAAACUAACGGCCAUCAACCGGUCGCAUCAUUUUACGCAGAUAAUCGCGGCCCUCGCCGUAUCCAUUGGGCCCCUAGCGGCCGGUCUGGGGAAGGGUUACUCGAGCCCGGCGAUCGCAAGCCUUCAAGAAGUGCACCUUCGUCAACGAGGUAAUUAUACUGCCUUUUCUGUGGACGAUCAGCAGGCAAGCUGGAUUGCAAGCCUUUCGCUAUUGGGUGCCCUUUUCGGAGGCAUGUUCGGAGGAGUCGCAAUGCAAUACGGCCGAAAACGGGUGCUAACACUGAUGGCACUACCAUUUUCGCUCUCCUGGAUCCUGACGGUGUUUGCCAAAUCGGUGGAAACGAUGUUCUUCACCGCGUUCGUGGGGGGUUUCUGCUGUGCCAUCGUGUCCACCGUGACCCAGGUGUACAUAAGCGAAAUUUCAUCACCGGACAUCCGGGGCUUUCUGAGUGCCAUCCAGAAAAUAGCCGGUCACCUAGGGAUGCUAAUAUCUUACCUGCUGGGGGCGUAUCUAGAUUGGCGGCAGCUGGCGAUGCUGGUCUCGGUAGCACCCAUCAUGCUCUUUAUAUCUGUGAUCUAUAUACCGGAAACGCCGAGCUUCUUAGUGUUAAGAGGUUGCGAUGAAGAAGCUCAUCGCUCACUACAAUGGCUUCGCGGUCCACACAAAAACGUAGAGAUAGAGCUCGAUACCAUUCGUUCGAAUGUACGUACAUCGAGAAUGAACCUGCUAAACCGUAUGUCAUCGAUGUCGGCUACAGCGACCAGCACCGGACAGCCGCUUCCAACUCAUCAUCAGCCACCAUCCAGCUAUCUGCCGGAAGUCCUACGCUCCUGGCAGCUGCCGCGAAUUUCGUUUGAUGCGGUCGCAACAAAUGUGAAGGCCGUUAUGCGGAACGCCCGUCUGGUCAAACCGGUUUCCAUCACCUGUGGCCUUAUGAUCUUCCAAAGAUUCACUGGUGCCAAUUCGUUCAACUUCUAUGCGGUCAGCAUUUUUAGCAAGACGUUCGCCGGUAUGAACCCACACGGAGCUGCGAUCGCCGUUGGCUUCGUCCAGCUACUGGCCUCGAUGUUGUCCGGUUUGCUGAUCGACACGGUUGGACGAAUUCCUCUGCUCAUAGUCAGUAGCGUUUUUAUGUCACUAGCACUCGCCAGUUUCGGAUCGUUCGUUUACUACGGCCAAACGAACAAACUGAUUGCAACGGCCAACUUCGAUCUGGACGAACCGGUCGGAAACAACGAUUGGAUACCGCUGUUAUGUGUUCUAGUUUUCACCGUAGCCUUUUCGUUGGGUAUUUCGCCUAUUUCGUGGUUGUUGGUAGGGGAGUUGUUCCCACUUGAGUAUCGAGGAAUCGGAAGUUCCAUCGCGACCAGUUUCAGCUACUUCUGUGCGUUCCUCGGAGUAAAAACGUUUAUGGAUUUCCAGGCUCUUUUUGGAUUACACGGGACAUUUUGGUUAUAUGCUUGUAUCUCCUGUGCCGGCCUGUUCUUUGUUAUCAUGGUUGUCCCGGAGACCAAAGGUCGCGACCUGGAGGAGAUGGACCCGAAGUACGUGCGAACACUUACGAUAAAUCGAUGAGAUAUGGGAACGCACGUAGAGUAUCUAGUAUAGUAUUUAAUGGGCCCCCGAGCUUCCUUGCUUCUACGGUAUAUAUGCUAACCUAGCUUCAUUGCCGCUUCGACGUUAGCAGCAAAUCCCUGCGGCUGCAUCGAUUGCUUCAAUAAUCAUACAACUAAGGCGCUUAGAAACACUACUUAUGAAAUGGGAAAAGUGCUAGAGUGAACGUGAAAGAUUGUUAUGUUCCUAUACACGGUUUGAGAGUGAUGUAUGGCAAAAGAAACGAAAAGUGUUGCUUAAAGGUACGUUAUGACGUAGGAGAAAUCUUAAUUCACGUGUAAAUAGGUUCUAAUCGAAAGGAGUCCGUACUUAGUAAUAGUUGCAUUUUAAUUGAUUCUAAACUUGCCGAAGAAACGCCCCCAUCAUUGAAAUUGAUAAUUGGAUGGCAUGAACUGAUAGUCGAUUAGCUUGUUGAUAUGAGUAUGAGUAUAAAAAACUAUUAACUGUUAGGGAAACUACACUGUACAUAUAGAUCCGUUAAACGCACAAAAGAGUAUUGAUUAUCGAUUAGAAAAUUGCGAUUAGAAGCAUAAAUUUGCAAAGCAUUCACUGCAGCUGGGUGUAGUGGUUACGUGGGGUUCCGAAGAAUUAUAAGCGAUUUCUCUUUAGAUUUCUGUUUUCAGUGUACUAAUCAAUGAGGUACUUUAACGAACUAAGCGACCGGAUAUCACGAGUAUCUGAAGCGUUCGAAAAUAAACGGGUUUGAAGCUGGCACGGAAUGUUUGAAUGAAGUCAAUUAAUUUUGAACUAACUCGCACGCGCUCCUUGACGCUUCGCGUAAUGCUUGAACUCUGACAUCCUUAGGUUGCUGUCAGAGUGCAAGCGUCACUGCGAGCUGGUUACAUUUGAUCAAAGCAAACCUAUCGGAGUAAGCGCGAUGUGGCAAUAGUGAUUCGCAACAGAAAACAGCAACCUGAGGAGAAGUAAGCGAGUAAAUGAGUCGCGCGACAGAGCUCCAUUCGUUUAGUUCCAGUAAGUUCUUUAUUAUCCAAUUUUCAAUACACUGAAAUGGUGUCCCAGGGGGCAAAAUCUGGCGAAUACGGUGCCUGAGCGAUGACUUUCGUUUUGUGUUUGAUCAAAAAUUCAGUCACAAUCAUGCUGGUAUGCGACGGCGCAUCCGUUUCGAGCUUGGCAUCGAUGCAUUUCAUAUCCAAACAAUUAACCGAAAUGUGCUGAGUCGAUCCAUAAGAGAUGCCAAGAUCCUCUGCUAUCUCUCUGAUACUAUCACGACGAUUUUCAAGCUCAUCGUCAUUGUCGACGUUAACAGAGGUGGACGGGCGAGCAGCAUGAGGCAAAUUUUCUACGAUUUCACGACCCUCACUUAAUGCUUUAUACCACUCAAAUAUUUGCGUUCCUGAUUUUGGGUCAAAACCUACCCAAAAUCAAUUAACCCCUUCACGACCAUAAGAUGUGCAGGACGAAAUAUGUCAGUACAAGACAAUAUUUUAACUAUUGGGGGUGCAAAUUAAGAGAAUAUCACCAGAAAAACAUAGCAGAGUUUAAAAGUUUCCUAUAAUUUUAUGGGAAAUAUUUUUCCCUACGAUUCUUAGAAUUAAAUAAAAGAAGUGCUGGGUUUAUUAUAUCGUAAUAUAAUUUAUUGCUUUAAUUGCUUUAAUUAUCAGAAUAGUAAAAUAAAUAGUUAGUUAUGGCAUUCUACGAAACGAUUUCAUGUACUUGUGGACGUUGCACAUGACAUAUUUAUUAUGUGUUCUAUUUUCUAUACGUCAUUUUGCGCAAACUUUUUAGUGCAAUAAAGUUUGAUAGUUCUUUUUACUUAUUCGUUCAGAAACACAUUUGUCGCCUUGAAAAUAAGUUUUCUUUAAAAUUCAGUAAAAAAAACAUCGAUUUAAUAGUAAUUAAAGAAGCUAUAACGCUUUCUAUAGAAGGGAAACAAAUUUCCCUUGUGCGUUAAGGGGUUAAAGUGCAUCUUCCCAAUUUUAGGUAACGAGUGAUGACCUCAAAAUUUGGGUAAAUGUAAGUUUACCCAAUGUGUUAGGCCAUAAUGAAGCACGUUUCUCAUUUUAUACGAUCAAAUCAAUGUUUGGGUAGAUAACGACCUAACCUCAAAAAAUUGGUAAGCAUAAUUUUCAGUGUAGACUCCCCAGAACACUUCUUCAACGUUUUUUAAUGAUUCUGUAGCCGAAGUUCCAUUUGAAACACGAAAUUUCAAGCAAACUCGUUGUUCAAUUUUUUCCAUAAUAAAAAUAGCCAGAAAAUUUUUCUGUAUUUCGUUCAAAUCGGAUUGUUUCGAAAUUUUGCAUACUGUAUUUCGAUCGAGUUCGAAUUUUUCAUACAAAAGUAUUACUCGAUCGAAUCACAGGAUGCAAAUUUUCACAUUCGAUCGAAAUACAAAAUAGAGGUGAUUACAUACAGACUUUUCUCUUCAAGAUAACUCGAAAUACUGUCAAAACCAUGACUACGAUUUCUAAUUUUUCCAAAACCUCUUUUCAACACUUGUUCACAAGAACCCCGGUUCCGAAAGUUGCGAUUAGCGCUCCAAUAUCAAUCAAACUAUCUUCUUCCGCCAUUACACAAAAUUAUAUCAACUGUUUUUCAUGCGAAUCUAACAGUCACAGCAAAUGGAAAAAAACAUCGAUGAAUGUUUCGACUUUGGUUUCAAAUCGUAUUUAGAAAUUAUCGUAUAUUCUCAGUCAAUUUAUGAUUAGUCGAUGUGUACAACUUUACUUCCGCCGUUUUUUUCCAAAAUUAAAGCUUUAUUGCGAAAAAGCGACAACUUUCUCCCAUCUUUCCGGCAAUUUUCGGACCCCGGCUCGAAAAAAGGAGUCCUCCUUUGACGCUUUCCAUGAAGCAAUCCAUUUUACCAACUCUUCGAAGGAUUGAAAAUGUUGAUCUGCCAGGCCGUGUGCCAUCGAACGGAAUAGGUGGAAGUCAGAAGGGGCGACAUCUGGGGAAUAACAACGGCGGGUGGGGCAAGACUUCCCAUUUCAGCGAUUCCAGGUACCAUUUGACCACUUUUGCGACGUGAGGCCGAGCAUUGUCGUGUUGAAGGAUGACUUUGUCAUGUCGCUCUUGAUAUUGUGGCCGCUUUUCUUUUAGCGCGCGACUAAGCGCAUCAUUUGCGUUCGGUAGCGAUCUCCUGCGAUGGUUUCACUCGGUUUUAAGAGCUCGUAGUAAAUCACACCGAGCUGAUCCCACCCAAUAAAAAUCAUAACCUUGGCACCGUGUAAAAACCCCUUAUGAUUUUGUCUUUGAAGCAGUUGCUCACAUACAAAUAGACGGAGCUCGAUGUCCCUGGGUUUCAACUCGUACGGCACCCAGUUUGCUUCUUUCUGAAUCAUGUCCGAUUGAAAUGGCUUGCUGACUCACUCCCAACGAUUCGGCAAACUCUUCUUGGGUUUGGCACGAAUCUUCAUCAAGCAAUGCUUCUAGUUGUUCAUCUUUGAAGAUUUUUUCUCUUCCACCACCAUGUUUGUCUUCGACUUCGAAAUCACCAUUUUUAAAACAUUGAAACCACUCCCGACACGUUCAUUUACUCAGAGCAGCAUCACCGUAAGUUUCUUAGAGCAUUCGAUGCGCUUCAGCUGCAUUUUUUUCGAAUUGUAACAGAAAAGUAAAACUUCUUGCAAAUGGCGAGAAUUGGGCACAUAAACAGACAUUUUCGAGCGUGAAUUAUACGAAAACAAGAACAACUGUCACUGAAACGGCGAUGACAAUUCGUUAAGCAUUGUACACACUCACACUUUAAAGGCAUUAUCAUCUAUGUAUUUUAACCAGCCUCAGCCGGUACAGCCACCUAUCGGAAAAUGGCGGAGGCAAAGUUGUACACCUGAUAGUUUAUUUUCAAAAGGAGAAUUUUACCACUUUUCUUGUAUAUCCAAUGAAUAAAUCAAAAUAAAAGGAGUUGCACCCUAUUUCGAUUUGUUUACUGUGUUAAUUAUAAAGUUACGCCCUAGCGCAUUUUUCGUGAAAUUAGUUCGUUCAUGCGACUAAGACAAAUCUGCGGGUAAUUUUAUCGUCUCAUUUACUAUUUUCAGUAGUAAAAUCGACGACACGACCAGGCACUCCGAAGAAAAAUCAGCAUUAAAACUGUUCGCUAACGAUUCACCGUCAGUUACCACAAAUCUAGCGACCCCCUGUAAAUGAUAAAAAUAAUCUUCUCGAGCAACACUGUUUAAGUUGCUAUGGACUAGUUACCAAGGAACCCCAAAACAAAUAAACAUGUUUUGAAAGCGGUGGAAUAGUUCUAUUAGUGUUAAACAUUGCCCAAAUUAAGCAGAAAUGCAUUUAAAUGGACUCGAUUUUCGGAAUUUAAUCGAAACUAUGGAUGAAACCAACGAACGAGGACAAUGAUCUGCUUCCAGCGAUUCAUCCGUAAACUUCAACUGCUAGCUUUUCUGGGCAGUAGGAUUCGGUGUAAUAUGCCGGUGUCAAAAUUGUUUUGUGUCGGUUGAUUGCGCAGCAGUGGAAACAGUAUUUCACUUUGUUGGCCACUAUUCGAGGAUUAGCUCGUUGUCGGUCAUUUCCAUGUCUUCCUUCUCACACAACGGUUCCAAGUCAAGACCUGAAUUAUGAACUUGGCUUUAUAAAAGACAUAACUCAUACUCCUCAAUUUUUAUAUUCCGCUCGAGUCAGGUUAAUCCAUUAAAAUGUUCCGUAAUAUAAUAACCGAUCUGAAAUUUAUUUUGUUUACAUUCAUCUUGCCUUCGAUAUGCAGUAACCAAGGUUAUGGUGACUGUUAUUCAAAAUCAAUAAAUAUAUAAACUUGUGCUGCCAGUUUAAAAAAAUUCACUAGCGUUUUCGAUUUGACAUUUCCAGUUACUGAGGGGUAGUUAAAUUUACGAUACAGUUUUGAUAGACGAGUGGCAGGUCGUGUCGUCGGUAAAAUGUUCGGAAACCAUAUAAAAUAAAGAAAAUAAAUAGUUUCGCCCUUCCCUAUUAGCAAUUGAAGUAUCGCCCUGUUUGUUGGCAUGGAACACGGAAGGCGAAAUCUACGUAAACAAAAGGAAAGUUUUGCCCUUUAUAGUUCUUCGUAUUACUAAGAUUGAGAUUUUUGUAGAAUCCGAAUUUUUAGGCAAUAUUGUAGAAUUAUGAAGCAUUAAUUAGUAGGUGAGAAAAAAUCGUUUUGUUUACUUUUGUAAGAUUCGCCCUUCUUUGAAAAAGUAGCUGAUUUAGGAAACUUUUGUUCGUUCGUUAAUCGCAUGAAAAACUGAGCACGUUGUUUGUUGCACUGAAAAUCACUUGUUGCUACGCAACGCAUCGUGUUUACUCUGGCAUACAUGCAACGUUUUUGCUGGAAUCAAACGAACGAAAUUUGAUCGCAUUCAACGAAACUCGGGUAUUCAACCAGCUUUAGCAAUUGGGAAGUGUCCAGAGCAAUAGCAUUAGAAAAAGGAAGCAUGUUGGGUUUAUUUUCUACAACAACUCAGAUAGCGGUGUUAAUGUCGGACCAACUAUCUUUAUAUACACACACUAAGAUUCAAUUCCGUUGUUCGGUAAUUUUCUUUGACGAAAACUUUCGGUAAUCAAUAGAAAUUACCGAUAUUUCUGUACAUGAAUUUCAUUUUACAAAAAUUAUGCAAGUUUUUACCGGACGAUCAGUUUUACGCAAAUUUUCAUUACAGAAUUCUGUAAAUAGAUAUACAAUUCAUACGGUAAAUCUGAAUAGUCGCCGAGUACGGUAAAAACCAUACCGUCCGUAUGGUAAAAUAAUCUUCCAAUAACCGAACUUCUGUAAAUACUGAUUGUCAUGAAAACUAACUGUCAAACAGUUAUUAAAAUUUUCAGUAAGUGUCUUUUCAUUUACUAAUCGAAAAAUAUCUUGAAGGGUUCGUCGAAUGAAAUGAGGUACAAGUGCACCAGUUUUUAAAAUAUUAGAACUACUCAAAACUUUUUGUUUACUUAUAGGCAGAACAUAAUUUCAUAUAAUUCUGGUGGACUUGACAGGUUGUGCAAUGCUCCGAAAGGCGCUCAUAAUUCCGGUCAACCGGGAAAUGAAGUUACAUUUUUUCUAGACAUUUUUUAUAUUUUUUCGUGGAUAUAUAGUGCACCGUAGUCACGACUGUUUCGAAUUUUUUUACUCGUUUCUAAGAAAAAUAUCCUAAUCCGAAAAACCUUAUCAUAAGUUUAAAGUUUAGUUUUAUGAAAUCCGAAAAAUCAUUCAAAUUUAGAAUUUUAACGAAAAGUAAACAAACACAAAAAAUUACCGAGCAAUCAGUUAGAUCCAUUUGGUUUACAGUUUACGGUAGUUAUUUGACAAUUCAGCAAUAACCGAACGAUCGGUAUUCAAUUCAAUUACCGAACUGAUUACCGAACGUUCAGCUGUUAAAAAUUCGGUAAAAAAUUACCGAAUUCUGCGAAAUUUUCUAAGUGUGCACCCUUAUUCUGAAUAACGACGUAUCGUUUUUUCGAUUGUAUUUCAUUCGUAUUCCUAAUAACGCUAGCAAAACCAAAGGUAGCUGUGAUUCGAUCUAUAAGGCGUUAUUCAGAAUAAGGGCGAUAAUUUUUGGUUGCAAAAAAGGUCCACUAUCACUUUCUUUCGAGUGUAAAAGUCAGUCAGCUUGUAUUGAAUAUCGAAAUCCUUACGUUCAAAUUGUUCACGACAAAUAUAAAACUAUGCAUAUGUCAUUUAAGAAUUUUUGGUUCCUGGUGGGUAACCAGUUUGUGCAAAGUGCACAUGGCUUAUUUCAUAUUUUUAUGUUUCGUCUUCGACUCAUCAGUGUAUUAGCAGUUUAUGUUGAACUGCUAAUGCCACCUCGUGAAACAACAUAAACCGCUAAGCAGACAUGAAGCUAUUGCUAUUUACAAAACACCUAUUAUUGUCUUUUAUGAUGUGCCGAACGAGAAAACAUGUGUCGAUUCUCUGGUCGUCAUCAGAUAGCGGUCAUGUAGAGUCAUUUAGUAUUAACUCUACAUCUACAUAGCGGUAUAUGUUGAACCGAGAUCUGGCACUAGAAGAUCAACAUAAACUGCUAAUGCGCUGACGAGUCGAAGACGUAUCGUAAAAAUAAACUAUACAAAUGAUUUGACAACCUAGAUUUACUAGGUUAAAGUUGUCACACUAAAACUAUACACGAUCCUGUCGAUUAUGAACUCGAACACCCACAGAGCCACUGCACCCAUUUGUAAAUAAUCCUGUAGCAGAUAGAAACCGCAUUAGAAAAUAGCACCGAAUGUUUUAUGUUUCACUAAUGGCCCAUUAAAUACUACAGUAGUGCCAUUGCGUGCCGUCUGAAUCGACGCAAAACACAAUAUAUAUAAAGUAGCGAACAAUUUCAGUAAACCAAGUUACACCAGUCAAAUUAAACACUUUUAUCGAAUAGUGGAAAACAGAUAAGGUCCUUUUUAUAGAGACAAUAAAACGGUAUAAGAUAAGAUUCUGAUAUCAAUGGAAAAUUUCAAUUACUUUAGAUCUGUAAAAAGAAUUACAAUAUAAAAUUCGUUUUUAACAAAGAGCCAUGUGAACGCCGUAUUGAAAGUGUGUUAAAACAGUAGCGCUUGUGUAAAACUUAAUUAUUUAUUUGUAUCAAACAGGAAUAACCAAUUAUACAUACAGUUCAUAAGAAAUAGUAUAGCAUUAAAAUCUUUUUACAACCUAAGAUAGAUAACUUAGAUGAGGUAUAGAUUUGGAACUAAUCGUUAAGUGAGUUAGUAACAGAGAGAAUUUUUUAAGCAAAUGUUGGUAAGCCACAAUCCAAUAUGGAAUCAUGAUGUUUCCAUUGCAUCUCCCUGAGUAUAGACCGGACAAAUUUCCAACCAGUAUAGUUCAACUUGACAUAUCGCGGAAUAUGAAACUGUAUGUGAAACUUAAGUAUCAACCUACACUCUCCAACAAGUACAAAAUUCUAACCAAUCAGUUUAUUUUUAAACAUUCGAGAAUAUCAAAUCAUAUCCUCGUGGCGGCAUAGGAGUAUUUCUGUUUUGUUUUGCUUAAAUGUAACAGAUUGCAUUUUCGGUUUGGAAUCCUGUAGGUACUUAUUCUAAAUAAGUUUAGAAGAAUCGACUUCAAAAGUGAACGACAAUAAUAGACGUACAUUAGAACAAGAAAAAAAUGUUUAAAGAUAAAAAAAACACUGUCAUAUCAUGACAAUAAUUAGGGUAUAAAAUAUAACCGUUAUGAAAAACUGAUAGCUGAUUGUGCGUUAGAAAGCGUAUAAUGAAAUUAAGAAAUGGAGAAUCGUUUUUGAAGAUUCUCUCGAAACAAUUCAAACCAUAACGUCAAACGUCACUCGGACGAUUGACGUUGAUAGAGUAAAUUUUGCUAGAUUAACAAAAAAAUUAUCAAAAAAAUAUAUAUACAUAUAUAUACUCUUUAGCUUUGCUAAAAAAAGGACUCGAAGCUCAGAUUGAGAAACAUGUUUCACGGUACUAUAGGAAUGCAAUUCAGAGAAAGGAGCAGACACCUGAUAAGCUGUUUCGCAAAGUCUAAUUUUCAACUCAAAUACUAUAUCUAACGAAUGCUAGUUCUUGUUAAUACUUUUCAGAUUUUAUUCAAAACGAUCAGGAAACUAGCCUGUUUUACCUUUUUAAACAUCCACUUAGCAUUUUCUGCAGGUUAGCAACAGAUCUUUAAGACAAUGAAACAAAUGAAAAUAAGAAAACGAAUCUUGUUACACAAUCCUAACCGAAUUAAAAUCGUUGCAUCCAGAUGAUAUAAUGUAAACUAGCUGCGGAGAGAACGGCGUAGAAAAUCAUCGUAAGUUCAGGAAUGAGAACAUUGGAAUGAUUAACUAAACUCAAGUUUUGUUUUCUUUGCUCCUAUUUUAAUUGGUACCGGCUUUGUUUGGAAUCCAUAUUUCGUAUUACGAUGAAUUUGCAUACAAGGGAGCUAUAACCUAAAGUCAAACUACGUUCGAUGCUUAUUGCUAUAAACAAACGAGAAAAUAUUCUAAACAUAGAGGUACAUUAUCAAAACUAAUCAGAACGAGAAAUAGAGAAAACACCCAACUUACUGAAAACUCCAAUAAAGUGUAGCUUUAAAUGUGGACAAUAAAAUGAUAGCGAUACAAUUAUCAACAAACAACAAAAGAAAAUAGAGAACUCUGAGUAGUAAAUGAUAGAAUCAAAUAAAGUAAGUCCUGAUGAAAAGUUUAGCAUGCGAAAGCGUAAUUGACCAUUUUUUUAUAAAUACCAAGCAGCGGAAUUACACACAUGUAGGGAAAUUCUGUUUACCAAACCAAGGUCGAACAGUGUUACGAAACGGGAAUGCUGCGUACUUAAUUGCGAUGAUAACCCAUUAUACUGAAGUGUUCAAAAUUAGUAGAAAAUCACGAAGAAAAUAAUAACAACUAGCCAUGAAGCAGCUGAUUUUAUUCGGAAAUGGUAGUAUUUUGGUUCCAUAAACGAGUUAGUAAAUUGCUUGACGAAAAAAUAAACACUUUUUAACAAAUCCACGAAAAUACCUUGCGUUCGCCGGGACGGGUCCCAGUGUAGCUUGCGCUAAAUUUGUAAAAUUGACCUAAACAGAGAAAAUAAAAAAUGUUUGCAAAAAUA